GUAUGACUUGUUUAGUCCCCGGAAACAGCAGCAGAGUGACAGCUCUCUCUUUGAAACUUGCGCUUCAGGCUGCAUGCAGAGAAAGUUCCUGUAUUUGAGAAAGGAGGGAGACACCUUUUUGUUCCUACUGAAUCAGAGGUGGACCUGCCUGCAGCUGCUGCUGGAUUAUAAACUCACACUUUAGUGCUAAAGGAGCUGCACAGGAUAAUUUCUGCAGGGGAAACACCUCGAGUGGCUUCAACAAAGUGCUCACCGUCUGUUCAAGCAUCAGAGGAUCCUCCGUCUGCAGAGACAGGUGUAGGAAUGAACAGGUCCAGGCCCAGCUGGGAUAAAAAAGCCCCCCAGCCUCCGGUCACCAGGAUAACUCGCAGCUCCAGCUCCCAGGCGAGGCACACUAACCCCGCAGAGACCAAGGACUCCGGGCCGGGGAUUUAUGGAAAACAACGAAAGAAGCAGACGGACUCCGCUUUGGCUCAGGACCUCAGUCAGAUGAGUGUGAGCGGACAGGGCGGUUUGCCUGCGAGUCAUGUUGGGGAUUGCAGCAGUGAGCCUGUGCAGGCUGGUCAGUCCUCUGGCUCCAGAUCUGAUCAGGGCAGUCCGACUACGUUUGCUGCCAAGCCCAAGUCCCGAGGCGGUCUGGCCUCUGUGGCUCGGCUGGUGAAGCUCGGUCGCUGUAAGAAUGUGGUGGUGGUGGCCGGAGCAGGAAUCAGCACAGCCAGCGGCAUCCCUGACUUCAGAACUCCAGGAACAGGUCUUUACGCAAACCUGGAGAAGUACAACAUCCCUUACCCAGAAGCCAUUUUCAACAUCGACUACUUCUCCAAUGACCCGCAGCCUUUCUUCUCGCUGGCCAAGGCUCUGUAUCCAGGCAGCCACCGACCCAACUACAUACACUUCUUCAUCCGCAUGCUCCAUCACAAAGGCCUGCUGCUCCGAAUGUACACCCAGAACAUCGACGGACUGGAGAAACUGUGCGGCAUCCCAGAUGACAAACUCGUGGAAGCUCACGGUAGUUUUGCCACAGCUUCCUGUCACCUGUGCUACACUCCGUACCCUGCUGCGGAGGCCAAACAUGCCAUUAUGAAUGACAACGUUCCCACGUGUUCAUUCUGUGCUGCGACAGUCAAACCUGAUGUUGUGUUUUUUGGAGAAGAUCUUCCUCAGAAGUAUUUCCUCCACACUGAAGACUUCCCCAAAGCAGACCUGCUGAUCAUCAUGGGCACGUCUUUACAGAUUGAGCCAUUUGCCAGCCUGGUGAAUACGGUGCGCUCUACAGUGCCACGUCUCCUCCUGAACCGUCACGCUGUGGGUCCCUUCGAGAAAGUCCCACUGCGGAGAGGAGACCACAUGGAGCUGGGCGAUCUGGAGGAUACAGUGCGAAGGUUUGCUGAAAUGCUCGGCUGGAACGAUGAGAUUGAAGAGCUGAUGAGGAGUCAGGAAACACUGAACAUCCCUGCACUGAUAAGCAGCCCUCCAUCAGUGAGCGGACAGACACCAUGCCAGAGCAGAGGAGUUUCAGAGCCUCCAGGUAGGAUGGAGACAUCCAAAUCCAGACCAGGAGCUCAACGAGGAGCCAGCAGCGGCAGCGAGGAGACCGACUCGGAGACGGACAGCAAGAGUUCUGUGUCAUCCAGCCUGAGCAACUGAUGUUGCAUGUUUUGUAAACGGCACUGGAAAAGUUUGAGCCAGUUUCUUCUAGACAAGACUGUUAACUGUACACGCGUUACUGUUCAGAUGGUUAUUUUCUACUAGUGGCAAAACUGUUGUUCAUACUAUGUUCAUAUGUAAAUCAAGAAAUCAUAUCAAAUACAAGCUCAACAAGCAUAUUUAAAGCACUUAUUAUGAGAGGUGGAUGGUCCAACCAGAACACUAGUGAACAAACGAGUCUUGUAACAAAAAUGUAAAUGUUUCUUCAGGCUUUUAAUGUUUUAUAUCAGUACAACACUGUAAUUUUAAACAAUAUUUAAUAAAAGGUAUUGUGUAUUUAGCAUCUUUUUGUCCUCUUUCUUUAUAAGGUUUGUGUAGUAUGUGCCCAAAAAAAGACAAAUAUUCAUAUUCUCCAGUUUAUUAACAUUUCAGUGGAAUCCUCAUUACAUAAAAUAAGUGUGGUGCUAUUUACAGGAUGUAAAGAAACAUUCUUUUCACAUGGAUAAGUGAUUAACAUGCAAUUUUGAUUUAUCCCACUAUGAUUGUGGAGUGAAAAAAAGAGCUAACUGAUCCACAGAUGACAAAUAAAAGGGAAAAACCUGAAGGAAAAAGAAACAGACAGACACUGUUUUUGUGAGCAGAUGAGGAGGAUUUAAGAAGAAACACCUCAAUAAGACACUUAAUGAUGCUUUUCCAUUUAAUUUGUGACAUCUGUAUGUGAGCUUUUCAUGGCUAAACAAACAGUCACAUGAUUCAGGAAGGCGACUCAAUGUUGACACACCUCUUUUGUGCCUGUGUGAAGCCCAGAUCAUUAAAAUACUCUCAUUUGUCUUUUCUGAAUCAUUAUUCUGAGUGUGAGCAGGCAGGCAGUGGUGGUGAUUCACAGGUGAGGUGAAGUGUGCUCAUCAGUAUUCACUAUUAAACUCACAAACUGUCACCAGUUCCUGUAAUAAUGACUCAUUUCCUCUGGAUUUUUCUUUUCUUUUUUUUUUAAACAACAAAUGCAUCAAUAAACCAGAACAUUCAGUUCAGGGGCCGAAUCUGAUCUGUGAUUUCAGGACUGGCAGCUUUUUUAUGUUAAAUUAAAUUGUACCAACAUAAAGAAAUAUUAUUCAGUUUAUACAGUACAUACACUAAAUUUAUAUGUAGAUUUAUAUAAAAUUUCAAUCUAGAAAAAAAAAAAAAA